AUGGCCACCUCCAAGAAGAAGACCAGGAAGCUACGAGGACACGUGAGCCAUGGCCACGGUCGUAUCGGGAAGCACCGCAAGCAUCCUGGAGGUCGCGGUAACGCUGGUGGUGAGCACCACCACAGAAUCAACAUGGACAAGUACCAUCCCGGAUACUUUGGCAAACUUGGUAUGAGGAAUUACCAUGUCAGGAAAAACAAGCUGUUCAACCCUGUAUUGAACCUGGACAAACUAUGGACCCUGGUGUCUGAGCAGUCCCGCCUCAAGUACGCCACAGCCACCGACGGCAAAGUACCCGUCAUCAACAUUGUCAAGGCUGGUUACUACAAGUUACUAGGCAAAGGCAACCUCCCCAAGCAGCCCGUCAUAGUCAAGGCUAAGUUCUUCUCCAAAACAGCUGAGAAGAAGAUCAAGGCUGUAGGAGGUGUCUGCGUUUUGUCUGCGUAA